AAUCUCCAUCUGUAACUGUCAACGCGUGCACAGAUCCCAGUGUUCUCCUAAUAAGUAACUAACCAUCUCUCUUUCGACAUUGAUGCUGGAGCGCUUCCUCGCACUAAAUCUGUACUCUGCAAUACAUGAUUCUUACAUUUCUCUCUGGGAUUGACUGGAUUGGAUUUGCUCUUGCGCUGAACCUAGAGCAGCGAUGCUGGCGUCUUCUGGACUGCAAAUUUUGUUGCUUCAACUUCUAGCUGUUAUUUCUUUAUGUUGUUUUGGGAUUGGGAUGGCAGGGAUCACAAAUUCUUUUAUCCGUUCGCAACAGCCUUCCACCGAUAUCCCUCUUGAUAAUUCAGUUUUUGCAGUUCCAAAUGGUCACAAUGCCCCACAGCAAGUGCAUAUUACUCAAGGGGAUUACGAUGGAAAGGCUGUGAUUAUCUCAUGGAUCACUGCUGAUGAACGUGGCCCCGGUAAGGUACAAUAUAGUACAUCAGAGGACAAAUACGAUCAUAGUGCUGAGGGCACAGUUACAAGCUACACGUUCUAUAGAUAUAAAUCUGGCUACAUUCAUCACUGUCUCAUUGAUGGCCUUAAGUUUGACACCAAAUACUAUUACAAGAUUGGAGAGGGUGACUCUGCUCGCAAAUUUUGGUUUCUGACACCUCCAAAGAUUGGCCCAGACACUCCCUACAGUUUUGGAAUCAUUGGUGAUCUGGGUCAAACGUAUAAUUCUCUAUCCACUCUUGAGCAUUACAUGCAGAGUGGUGGACAGACUGUCUUAUUUGUUGGUGAUCUCUCUUAUGCUGAUAGAUAUCGAAACAAUGAUGUUGGUAUUAGAUGGGAUUCGUGGGGCCGUUUCAUUGAGAAAAGCGCGGCAUAUCAGCCUUGGAUUUGGUCAGCAGGGAAUCAUGAGAUAGAGUACAUGCCAAGCCUGGGAGAAGUUGCUCCUUUUAAAUCGUAUCUACAUAGAUUUGCAACACCUCACCUGCCUUCGAACAGCACCAAUCCUCUUUGGUAUGCCAUAAGACGGGCUUCUGCUCAUAUCAUCGUCCUCUCCAGCUACUCUCCAUAUGUAAAAUAUACUCCUCAGUGGAUGUGGUUGCGGGAUGAGUUGAAAAGAGUAGACCGUGCGAAGACACCUUGGCUUAUUGUUAUCAUGCACGUUCCCAUCUAUAAUAGUAACUUAGUACAUUAUAUGGAAGGUGAAAGUAUGCGUACUGUCUUUGAGAGCUGGUUUGUUCAUUCCAAAGUUGACUUUGUAUUUGCCGGUCACGUCCAUGCCUAUGAAAGAUCGUAUCGCAUCUCCAAUAUUCACUACAACAUCUCAAGUGGUGACCGUUAUCCUAUACCUGACAAGUCAGCUCCUGUAUACAUAACAGUUGGAGAUGGGGGGAAUCAGGAAGGCCUUGCAGGAAGCUUUGGGGACCCACAACCUGAGUAUUCUGCAUUCCGUGAAGCAAGUUAUGGUCAUUCUACGUUGGAGAUCAGAAAUAGGACUCAUGCAUUAUACCAUUGGAAUCGAAAUGAUGAUGGGCAAAAAGUACCAAUUGAUUCCGUGAUUUUCUACAAUCAGUACUGGUAGAGAAAUGAAUAAUGGAUCAGCACCUAGGAGAUACAAGAACAGAACUAUUAUAAAAAGGAGCUCUUGGCCUAGUGGUAGUCACUCCUUAGGAUUUCGAGCAGGUUAAAGGUUCGAGUGCUCCACACUUUAAAAUUAACAGACAUUAAAAUCAAUAUAUGUUCAUAAAAAAACUAUUAUAUCGUGUCUGAUGGGAUCAAGUGGGACUUUUUGUUUCUUUCUUUUCAGAGUUUUGCAUCAUACAACAGAGAGGAUGUUGUCAAUCAUUUUAUGUAUGUAUUAGGUUAGAACUUAAAAGCUUAUCCAACUUGUGUUCGGUAUCUAGACGUUAUAGAUCAUGCUCAAUUUGUGGAGUCAAACAUAAGUUGCAGAACAGCAAAGUCCGCCUUUUAUCUCUGUAUUGUCUGCAGUCCUCUGUUAAUUGUACGUAAACAUUUCAUCAAAAUUGACGUUGUUUGGGCACAGAAGUUUGUGGAGAAGAAAAUAUAAAUUUGUCAAUAUAUGUGAAAUAUUAGUUAGCCAUUUCACAGCAUUUUAAGUG